UCGAUAGGCGCGGAAAUAAUUCUCAGACAUUAUCUAUUCCAUUCCCUUUCUAUUCGAACAAUCUAUCUAUCAUCAAACACAAGCACACAAAUAUCAAAUUAUCCAUUCUCAAGUUAAGUCCAACAAAAUUUAGUUAGAACCAUGGGAGAUCGCAACAAGCAACCGGUUAUUCUGCUGAAGGUUCCGUCCUCCGAUGAUUUCUAUGGUUCGGCUUUGCGCAGACAUAACCUGGAUCCCAUCUUUAUUACUCCCUCGCAUUUUGUGUUCAAGAAUCUGAAGCAAUUGCAAGCCAAGUUGCUGGUGCCGCACAAUUAUGCCGGCAUUAUCUUUGCGUCCCCGCGCUGUGUCCAGGCUGUAAACGAGGCACUAGGGAAGACAGCACUUCCUAGCUGCUGGCGGGCGUUGCACAAUUAUUCCCUAGGCAAGAACACGCACAGCGCCGCCUGGAUAACAUUCCAGAAUCUUCCGACUCUGGGCGAUCAUGCCGUGAAUGCCAACAAUCUGUGCGAUCUGAUCGUGGAGACCUUCGGACCCAAGAGGGAUCUGCCACUGCUCAUGCCCUGCGGCAAUGGCGUGGGUCAGACACUGCGCCUCCGUUUGGUCGCCCAGGGAUUCCGGGUGGAUGCCUGCGAAGUGUACGAGAGUCGUUCGCAUCCGGAUUUCGUCAAUCAGAUGCGGCACGCCCUCAAAUUCAAGCGAAUGGAAACGAUUGUGUUCUUCGGACCCUCCAGUGUCCGCAGCUCAUUGGAGUUUUUUGGUAACUACAACGUUUCGCUCAAGGAUCGCAAGCUGAUUGCCGUGGGCAGUGGCACCAGGAAGGCAAUGGAGGAAUCCGGAAUUCAAGCGGAUGGAGUCGUUAAUGCUGCUGAUGUCGACCACCUGAUAAAUAUCAUCAAAACAUAGUUUAGUAUCGAUCAUUUUACGUUUUGUUUUUACCAGUUUUUACUUUUGGUAUGAUUUCAAAAUCUGUUUGGUGUCCUUUAAAGAAGGACAAAAGUGUGUUAUUAAUUAAAUUGUUUCA